GAGCAGAAAUGAAGAGUUGGGCGCCCAACUGACUGAGCCGCCCUGGCACCCCCUGUAGGUGAUUCAGUUUUCAAUAAUCUGGUCAGGAGAUUCUUCCUGAGAGUGUGAUAUUUGAGCAGAGACUUGAAGGACUGGAGGGAGGACGUGAUGCAUACAGCCUUUGGCAAGAACAUAGAGGAUAGAGCGGAUAUGUAGGGGAAAGAUGGAGCAAGGACAGUUAUUGGUGCAUUUAGGGAAUAGGAAGGUGACUAGAGGGGCUGUGGGGAGACUGGGGAAUGAGCCACAGGAAGAGUUUAAAGUGCCAGCAUAUAUGAAGUAUUGUAGGUAGUGUAACUAUUUUGACUUUUUUUAGGGAGCCACUAGAUAUUUUUGAACAGAGGAAUGACAUGGCCCUAUUUAUCUUCAGAAACAAAGAUGAUGGUGGUUUUCUACUCUACCAGUUCCAAGAACUCCCUUUCCCUAAUGGUUUCAGGAUGGGCUUGACGGAGGCGAUGUUGGUGCCAUAUUUGGAAGCUGGAAGAGAAGCAGUAGCCAUAUGCUCUGAAGGACAGUGUGGGCCCAGGUGCUGCUGCAGCUCCCCACGGGGCUGCUCAUCUGCUGACUCAGUGGCGGGCACGGGGCCCCAGCUCCUGCCAGGACCUUGUUCAGAUCCUCCCAGCACUGUGCCAGGUGCUACGGACCCGAGCAAAAUCAUACCUCAGUCAUGACCUUUAGUCACCGAAGCAAUGAUUUCUGCUAACUUGGCAAUAGGAUGGGCUUGACGGAGGCGAUGUUGGUGCCAUAUUUGGAAGCUGGAAGAGAAGCAGUAGCCAUAUGCUCUGAAGGACAGUGUGGGCCCAGGUGCUGCUGCAGCUCCCCACGGGGCUGCUCAUCUGCUGACUCAGUGGCGGGCACGGGGCCCCAGCUCCUGCCAGGACCUUGUUCAGAUCCUCCCAGCACUGUGCCAGGUGCUACGGACCCGAGCAAAAUCAUACCUCAGUCAUGACCUUUAGUCACCGAAGCAAUGAUUUCUGCUAACUUGGCAAUAGGAUGGGCUUGACGGAGGCGAUGUUGGUGCCAUAUUUGGAAGCUGGAAGAGAAGCAGUAGCCAUAUGCUCUGAAGGACAGUGUGGGCCCAGGUGCUGCUGCAGCUCCCCACGGGGCUGCUCAUCUGCUGACUCAGUGGCGGGCACGGGGCCCCAGCUCCUGCCAGGACCUUGUUCAGAUCCUCCCAGCACUGUGCCAGGUGUGUGUGCAGCCCGGGACUCGGUGCCCACUUCUGCAUGUUGCCCACAUUGUAGGAGGUGGAGGUCGUGAGGCACCGACUUGGGUCCCAAUUUGUCCUCGCCCUCUCCUAUUUCACACCCAGCUUUUAUGGCCUGUGUGGCCUGUGAACCUGCAGCGACCUCAGGCCCACCCCUGGACCUGUGUGGCAUCCUGUAGACUCCACAAUGGAGGGGAAGCAUGAGGAAGAUGUACCAAUUUUGUCAUUCUAAAAACAUGGCCUAUGGAUCUCUGUCAUUCAGGGACGUGGCCAUCAGCUUCUCCCAAGAGGAGUGGGAGUGUCUGGACCCUGCUCAGAAGGCCUUGUACAGGGACGUGAUGUUGGAGACCUACAGCAACCUGGUCUCCCUGGCAGAAAGUUCCAUUUCUAAGCCAGAUAUGAUUACCUUACUGGAGCAGGAGAAAGAGCCCUGGGUGGUUUUGAGGAGAGAAACAAGUGGAUGGUACCCAGAUUUAGAGUCAAAUUAUGGAACUGAGAAGUUACCUUCAGAAAAUUAUACUUAUGAAAUAAAUUUGCCUAAACUGGGUAUAAAACAAAUAAGUAAAACUCUUGGCCUCAAGGCCUCCAAUUUUAGAAAUGACUCAGAUAGCAAUAAUAGAUUUAGGGAACAACAGGGACAUCAAGAGGGGUAUAUCGGUCAAAAGAUAAUAAGCUAUGAAAAAAUGCAUACUUCUUCUCAUCGUACUUCUAUUCACACUACAGAUAAGCCAUAUGAAUGUAAGGAGUGUGGAAAGUACUUUAGUCGUGGUUCAAAUCUUAUUCAGCAUCAGAGUAUCCAUACUGGAGAGAAACCCUAUGAAUGUAAGGAAUGUGGGAAGGCCUUUAGACUUCUUGUCCAACUUACUCGACAUCAGAAAUUUCAUACUGGUGAGAAACCCUUUAAAUGUAAGGAAUGUGGGAAAGCUUUUAGUCUUCCCACCCAGCUGACUCGCCAUAAGAAUAUUCAUACAGGUGAGAGGCCCUUUGAGUGUAAGGAAUGUGGGAAGUCCUUUAAUCGUAGCUCAAACCUUGUUCAACAUCAGAGUAUUCAUACAGGUGCAAAACCAUAUGGAUGUAAAGAAUGUGGAAAAGGCUUUAAUCGUGGUUCAAAUCUUGUUCAGCAUCAGAAAAUUCAUUCUAGUGAGAAACCCUUUUUAUGUAAGGAAUGUGGGAAAGCCUUUAAAUAUCAUUACCAACUUAUGGAACAUUGUCGGAUUCAUACUGGUGAGAAACCCUUCGAAUGUAAAGAAUGUGGGAAGGCCUUCAGUCUUCUGAUAGAGCUUGCACGACAUCAGAACACUCAUACUGGCGAGAAACCAUUUAAAUGUAAGGAAUGUGGCAAGGCCUUCAGUCGUGGCUCAAAUCUCAUUCAACAUCAGAGUAUUCAUACUGGUGAGAAACCAUAUGGGUGUAAGGAAUGUGGAAAGGCUUUUCGACUUCACCUACAGCUUUCUCGACAUCAGAAAACUCAUACUGGUGAAAAACCCUUUGAAUGUAAGGAAUGUGGGACAGCCUUCCAGUAUCAGUACCAGCUUAGUGAGCAUCAGCGAAUUCAUACAGGUGUGAAACCAUAUGAAUGUAAGGAAUGUGGGAAAUUGUUUCGUCGUGGUUCAAACCUUAUUCAACAUCAGAGCGUUCACACUGGAAAGAAACCUUUUGAAUGUAAAGAAUGUGGGAAGGCCUUUAGACUCCAUAUACAACUUAUUCGACAUCAGAAAUUUCAUACUGGUGAGAAGCCCUUUGAAUGUAAGAAAUGUGGAAAAGCCUUUAGUCUUCUCACUCAGCUUAAUCGCCAUGAGAAUAUUCAUACAGGUGAGAAGCCAUUUGAGUGUAAGGAAUGUGGGAAGUCCUUUAAUCGUGUGUCAAACCUUGUUCAACAUCAGAGUAUUCAUGCUGGUGUGAAACCAUAUGAAUGUAAAGAGUGUGGAAAAGGCUUUAAUCGUGGUUCAAAUCUUAUUCAGCAUCAGAAAAUUCAUUCUAGUGAGAAACCCUUUGAAUGUAAGGAAUGUGGGAAGGCCUUUAGGUAUCAUUACCGACUUACUGAACAUCAUAAAAUGCAUACUGGUGAGAAACCCUUUGAAUGCAAGGAAUGUGGGAAGGCCUUUAGUCUUCUGACACAGCUUACUCGACAUCAGAACAUUCAUACUGGUGAGAAACCAUUUAAAUGUAAGGAAUGUGGCAAGGCCUUUAAUCGUGGCUCAAAUCUUGUUCAACAUCAGAGUAUUCAUACUGGGGAGAAACCCUAUGGAUGUAAAGAAUGUGGAAAGGCUUUUAGACUUCAUCUACAACUUUCUCGACAUCAGAAAACACAUACUGGUGAGAAACUCUUUGAAUGUAAGGAAUGUGGGACAAGCUUCAGACGUCAAUACCAACUUAUUGAGCAUCAGCAAAUUCAUACAGGUGUGAAACCCAAUGAAUGUAAGGAAUGUGGAAAGAGCUUUAGUCGUGGUACAGACCUUAGAGUACAUCAGAGAAUUCACACUGGUGAGAAACCCUUUGAAUGUAAGGAAUGUGGGAAGGCCUUUCGACUUCAUUACCAAUUUCUUGGACACUACAGAAUUCAUACUGGUGAGAACCCCUAUGAAUGUAAGGAAUGUGGGAAAUGUUUUACUUGUGGUAGUGAACUUAGAGUACAUCAGAGGAUCCAUGCUGGUCAGAAACCAUAUGAAUGUAAGGAGUGUGGGAAGGCAUUUAGUCGUAGCUCAAACCUUAUUCAACAUGUUAAAAUUCAUACUGGCGAGAAGCCCUAUGAAUGUAAGGAAUGUGAAAAGGCCUUUAGCAAUAAUUACGAACUUACCGUACAUCAGAGAAUUCAUACUGGUGAGAAACCUUAUGAAUGUAAGGAAUGUGGGAAAACUUUCAGACUUAGUUCAGUCUUUACUGCUCAUCAGAGAAUUCAUACAGGUAUGAAACCCUAUGAAUGUAAAGAGUGUGGAAAGACCUUUAGUUGUAGCUCGAACUUUACUCAACAUGAGAGGAUUCAUACUGGUGAGAAACCUUAUGAAUGUAAGGAAUGUGGAAAGGCCUUUAGACUUAGGUCAGUUUUUAUUGCCCAUCAAAGAAUUCAUACAGGUCUGAAGCCCUAUGAAUGCAAAGAAUGUGGAAAAGCCUUUACUGUGAAUGGUCAGCUUACUCGACAUCAGAAAAUUCAUAAUAGUCAGAUGUCCCAUGAAUAUAAGGAAUGUGGGAAAACCUUCACUGGAUACGAACAACUUACUCAACAUCAGAGAGUUCGUAGUGGCAAGAAGUCCUAUGAAUAUAAAAUGUGGGACAACCUUUCAUCAUGGACUGAGAUUCACUCAACAGCACAGUAUUCCUACUGGUGAAAAACUUUGAGUAGGAGUAAUGUGGAAAGAUUUACAGUCAAAGCAAACACCUUAGUGUUGAGAGGACAUUCUGAUGAGAAAGUCCUUGAAUGUAAAGAAAUACAGAGUAGCCUUCAUGUUCACCGUUUACUAAUCAUGAAAGAUAUUUUCCUAGGUAUUUUAAUUUCACGCACUUAGAAAAGCCUUCAAACUCAAACUGGAGGAGAACUUGUUGGAACAAAUGUAAGCUAACAUCUACCUGAGGCAGGUGCUUUAUCACCACUGCCAUUUCACUACCUGCAUGACAUUAGGUGCCUAUCCUCUUUGUGCAUUAUUUGUAAAUGGCAACAAUGGUGAGUGCAUACUAGUGCAAUUACGGGAAUAAUUGUAUUACAAUACGUACAAAAUCCUUACAAGAGUACUUGGCACAUGCUUGUGUUCAUAAAGAACAGCUUUUAUGUUUCAUUAGCAUCAUUGUUGAUGACACAAAAAUUAUAGUAUUGUGUAUAAUUUAGAAAAAUCUCAUCUAUUCCUUAAUAAGUUUUAAAUAAGUACUGUAUAAAAUUUUAUGGUAAGUAAAAGAAUAUGAGGAUUUUCAUUAAGAGUUCAUUCCUUAAGUUACAUCAAAAAGUUAAUAUUGAAAAAAAAAGUUAAUUUUGAAAAGAAAUCCUAUGGACUUAGGGAAUGAGGAGAUGUUGAAAAACCAGCUAUUGAAGAGUCAGUUUUUGAAGUGAUUUGUCUAUAAAAAUAAAAUGCAGAAAAUGUAUAAUUUAUUUCCCUGUCCAGAAGUUAAGAUAAAUAUUAGUGAAAGAUCAAAAUAAAAGCAUCCAUUUAUAUAUUCAACCUUAUCAUGAAAAUUGCUGCACAUAUGAAAAGUUGAAAGAAUGAACACCCAUGUACCCCUAUGUAGAUUCAAAGUUGUUAACAAUUUGACACAUUUUUCUUUAUAUUUUAUGUUGUACCAUUGAGAAUAUGUUUUUGACCUCAUGAUACUUUCCCCUUUAUUACUUCAGUAUGUCUCCCAAACAUAAAGACAAUCUCAUAUAGAGCCAUAGUACCAUAAUUACCCUUAAGGAAAUUCUCCAUAAUUCCACAGUAUCUAUCUUACCAGUUUCUUCUAAGAUGCCACAGAGGUUCAUUUAAGUAGAAUGCAUUCCAGAUUCUGUACUGUAUUUUGUUAGCACUCUUUAUUUUUAGUCUACAACAGUGACUCUAAAUAUACUUAGAACGAGAAAGGAGAUUGAAUCAACAUCCCAGUACCUUCCAACAAAGAAAAGCUUGGGAUCAAACAACCUCACUGGUAAAUUCUUCCAAAUGAUUUUAGAUCUUAAUUCUUUCAUGGUACUAUAGGCAUGUACGUAAGAUACGAAUUUCCCACUAAAAACAUCCUUAACUGCAUCCCAUACAUUUUGAUAGGCUUUGUUUUUAUUCUCCUUCAGUUCAAAAUACUUUCUAAUUUCUCAUAAUUUUUUUGAAUCCUAGAGUAUUUAGAAAUUUGUUGAUUAAAAUAUUUUUGGAUCCCAAAUUUCCUUAGUUAUUGAUUUCUGAUUUAUUUCCAUUGUAGUCAGAGAACAUACUUAGCAUGAUUUCAUUUUUUAAAAAAUUUAUUAAGAUGCUUUAUGGUCUAGCAUAUGUCCUAUGAAUAUAAAAUGUGGGACAACCUUUCAUCAUGGACUGAGAUUCACUCAACAGCACAGUAUUCCUACUGGUGAAAAACUUUGAGUAGGAGUAAUGUGGAAAGAUUUACAGUCAAAGGAGAGACUAAUAGGGCAUGCUACCUUGAAAAGAGUGUGUAUUCUUAUCUUGGUAGAGUGCUCAAUAAAUAUCAGCUUAGUCAAAUUCUUUGCUAAUAUUAUUUAAGUUUUCUGUAUUCCUGCUGAUUUCCUGCUGGAUUGUUAUAUCAAUUAUUGAGAGUAUAUUGUUUAACUUCCCAACUUCUAUGAAUGAAUUGUCUAUGUCUCCGUUCAA